AUGGACAUGUACACGUUUGAGUGUGUCCCAACUGAUCCUUGCUAUCAUUCCCCCUGCGACUUUGUCUCCACCAGAUGCGAACCUCAAGCUGACGGACAAUAUAUCUGCCGAGAUAUAUGUGAUGCUCAAACAUGCGAUUACGCCGUUGAUGUAUGUCAACUCGACGGAGCUGGUGGGUUCAUCUGUAAACCAAUAUGCGAUGAGUCAUCAUGUGACAUGAUGUCGGAGGUGUGCGAAGUUGAUGGCGCUGGAGAUUAUACCUGUCGAUCAAUCUGUGAGUGUGAUGAGACGACUCAGGAUUGCAUACUCGACUAUGCCGGCGGAUUUUACUGCCAGGAGCGUGAUGCAUGUCUGAGCAACCCAUGUGAUAAUGACAGCUCGGUAUGUCAAACAAUGGACGGUGGCUAUCACUGCGUGGAUAUUUGCAACGAACAGACAUGUAAUUAUAUGGAAGAAAACUGUGUGUUGCUUUAUGAUGGGGCCGGCAGUUUUGAGUGUAAGCCCAUCUGCGAUUCACAUAAUUGCGACAUGACGUCCGAAAUAUGCGAGCCAGAUGGAACAGGAAAUCAUCAAUGCAAACCAAUCUGUCACGAGAGCUCAUGCGAUAUGUCGUCAGAAGUCUGCGAAUUGGAUGGCACAGGCAGCUUCCACUGCAAACCCAUUUGCGACGAGUUCACCUGCGAUAUGAUGUCUGAAACUUGUGAAUUGGACGGGACUGGGAGUUAUCAGUGUAAGCCAAUAUGCACCGAUACGUCAUGUGAUAUGAUGUCACAAUCCUGUGAGUUAGAUGGCACCGGUAGUUUUUACUGCAAGGACAUUUGCGACGAGACCACGUGUGAUAUCAUGUCCGAAACCUGUGUCCCGGAUGGUACAGGAAGUUACUACUGUAAUCCGAUUUGUCAUGAGAACGCUUGUGAUAUGAUGUCAGAGACCUGCGAACCCGAUGGCACGGGCAGCCAUUACUGUCGACCGAUAUGUGAUAAUGCUCCAUGUGACAUGAUGUCACAAACAUGCGAAUUAGAUGGAACUGGUAGCUUCUACUGCAAGGAUAUAUGUAACGAAAACAGAUGCGAUAUGAUGUCACAGGUAUGUGAACUCGACCAUGCAGGAGGCUAUUUCUGCAAAGGACUGUGUGAUGAGCCUUCACCAUGUGAUUCCACUACUCAGGACUGUGUAUUGGAUCCCACUGGAAGUUUCACGUGUGUUGAACGAGAUCCUUGCAUCAGCCAACCAUGCAUGUCCGACGCAGAGAUUUGCAUUCCUGACAGCACUACCAACAGCUACCACUGCAGACCGGUGUGCCACCCAGCCGCUUGCGACCCAGCUAUGCAGUACUGUGUAGAAGAUGAUAUGGCCUGGCACUGUGAGGACAUUUGCCGACCCGAAAGUUGUGAUCCAGUAUCAGAGCACUGUAUUGUGCUUGCUGGUGAUGUGCAGGAUGCCUCAGGAUUCGAAUGCCGGCCCAUAUGCGACAAUGCAGGAUGCUCAGACCAUGAGAUCUGUGCUCUCGAUGGAACGGGUGGAUUCGUCUGCAUGCCCAUGAACCAAUGCGACUUCAACCCCUGCGACGAGCACCACCAGUGCAUUGACCUCGGGCAAGGGAACUACGAAUGUGAACUUAUCGAUGCUUGUGCAUCAAACCCAUGUGAGGAACACACCGUGUGUGAACACACGCCGGGCAUGGGAGGACAAUACAUGUGCAGACCAGUGUGUUAUCCGCUAGCAUGCGAUCAAGCAACGCAAUAUUGCAUCGAAGAUGGUGCCGGUAUUCUAUGCGAAGACAUAUGUGUGGAGGGUAUGUGUGAUAGUAUCUCACAGUACUGCAACAUACUCCCAGAAGGAUAUCAAGAGAGACACGAGUGUGUUGACAUCUGUCAGUCAGAAACAUGUCCUGCGGGCGAGAUUUGUGCCCUGGAUGGCACAGGUUCAUAUAUGUGCAUGCCGGCAGACCCAUGUGAGUACAAUCCCUGUCCUGAGUACCACGAUUGCGAGCCACUGGGUGAUGGCGAAUACACGUGCAUGCCUCAGAAAGGUGCAUGUUGUACCGAGGACGCAGGCACAUGUGAUGAUGGUACGACGGAAGAUUCAUGUAUGGGCUACUUCUUCGGCCCCGGAUCCAUGUGUGCUAUGGUUGGAGAUCAGUGUCGAGCAGCGGGAGCUUGCUGCAUGGACGAAUCUUGCACGGAUGGCAUUGGUGAGUUCUAUGGAGACAAGAGCUCGUGCAUGGACUUUGAGGAGCAGUGCCGCGCAUCCACAAUGGAGUCAAGUACGACAGUACACAGUACGAGUACAUCGGACUAUACUACCAGCAGUUCUACUGACAUGAGUAGUUCAACAGACUAUACUACCAGCAGCUCUACUGACAUGAGUAGUUCUACAGACUAUACUACCAGCAGCUCUACUGACAUGAGUAGGUCAACAGACUAUACUACCAGCAGCUCUAUUGACAUGAGUAGUUCAACAGACUAUACUACCAGCAGCUCUACUGACAUGAGUAAUUCAACAGAUAUGACCACCACAUCAUCAACUGACACCGUCACCUCGACCAGUGAGCAACCGUCGACGUCAGAGACCACGGACCCUUGCGACCAAUGCCUGGAGGAUGAGCGGUGCAUCAUCGAUCCCAUUACAGGCACGGCCCAGUGUGUGCCUAAGGACAGGUGCGGGUGCAACUGCCAGGACAACUCCAUCGCCGACGAUAGCGCGUCUGUCUGCAUCGAUGACGAGAGUGGCUUCUCCGACAUUGCAGGCUUUAACACACUACCCACACUGUUUGACCGCCGCCGAACCGAAGAAGAGGAGCCGACCAUCUGCAUCGCACCCCACAAGCAGAACAAGGUGUACGUCGUCUGCUUCCACGGAGAGCGUGACCACGGCACAGUGGUGGCCAAGUGUGCGUACAUCUUCGACAAGUGCAAGCGCGCGUACGGCAACAACUCGUGUGUCAAGGUCAACAACCCGUCCAAGGAUCAGCUAGACCGCAUCAACAGCCGCUGCCGCAAGGGUGCGGUCAUUGUCGUCACCCACUCCACCCCCACCCACGACACCACCUGCCCAUACGACGUAUGGGACUCAGACCUGACCCCCACAGACAUCGCCACCAUCUUCCCAGACACCUGGGUCAUCUGGAACGGCUGCUUCGGCUGGGGUAUUGCGGCGCAGCCCAACUGCUCCAACAUCAUCCCGGUACAGGGCGUAGACGGGGUGCUGCCAGUGGAUAAUGAGAACUGGAUCGAGGUCAUGAUACUACUGGAGAAGAUGGCCAAUGGGCAGCCGUACAGCCAGGACGAUGUGUGCGAGGCACUGUACGGCCACAACAACGACGCCGACCAGAGACGCCGAGCGGGACGGGGCAGGGCUUAUAGAGAGGAGAUCUGGUACUAA